AUGCCGCCAGAGCCCCGAACAAAUGACCGGCCUUCUUUUUAUACCAUGAAGACGCCGGUCCCAAUGUCAGCAGUGAGCCCCCAAGGACUCGCCCACUCCCGGGUUACUUCACAGCCCUACAAGCCAACAACAUCAACAACCCCGAUUUCCUCACCACGGCCACCGCCCUCUGUCGGCCAAGCACACCCACCAAAGCCCUCCCCUGGAUUCAACAACCGGGGCGCGACCACCACAACCCACGAGCCCAGGCCCCCAAGCCCCAACUACUUUGGGUUGGCUGUCGACCACCCGGGGGCGGACCCACGCGAUUCUUGUUUGGUGCCGCGCGAAAACUGGAGUUCCCCUUCCUCUUCGGUCAAGUCAUUUGGCGCCGCGAUCCCAAAGCAACUUCCCCUCGACGCAAACCCCGAUUUUGAGGCCUUCCGCAGGCAGAUCGAUGCCAACCGCGCCAGGGCCUCGUUCAGCCUCUCGGCCUCCCAUUUUAGCAGCUCGACGGGCACUGCCCAAACCCCACCAGCCUCGAUACCAUCUGCCCUGCAACGACCACGUCCUCCCAAACGACACACCCAGGCGGGGGAUGGAUCUGACUUCCCGCUAGCUCGCUCAUCGCGCCAGGUUGCCGAGUCUUUCAACCUAAACCUGGGCGACAUUACGGGUACCAGGAAGCUUGAUCGAGACGCUGAGAGCUCCCGAGGAGAUUCCGUGUAUGUACCCGGGGACUUCAAGCGCAGUUCCGUUCUGUCACUAAACCCGUCUUUCUUCCCGGGCGCUAGUAAACACGAGGUCCCCCCGCUUAAACUACAAACCCCCCUUCCCUCUCUCGGCCAGGCGGAGACGACACAUCUUACUGCUGUGAGUGGCACAAACGGCCGGCCUUCGCCACAACCGAGUAUCCGAUCGACCGCUUCGCUCAGCAAGCCCGGCACUGCCGCGCCACUCCAGACGGCUGGGGCACUAGGCCCUUCCAUGAUAACCCCUACCGAGUUGAAGGCUCUGCUGGAAGGCGAUCUGGGGGAUAAGCUCCUGGUGCUGGACCUCAGAGUCUCGCCCCAGUUCGGCCUGUCGAGAGUGCGCGGUGCCUUAAACCUAUGCAUACCCACGACCCUGCUGAAGCGGGCCACGUUCAACCUUCAGAAGUUGCAGCAGACCUUCUCAGCCGACCGUGACCAGGAGAGGUUCGCAAACUGGCGCGACGUCGGCCACAUUGUUGUUUAUGACGCAGCCUCGUCUGAUCAACGUGAUGCCGUUUCCGGUAUAAACAUGAUCAAAAAGUUUACCAACGAGGGUUACAUUGGACCAGCUAGUAUCCUACGCGGUGGUUUUAACGCCUUUGCGACCGAGUUCCCCGAUCUAGUUGACAGUUCCUUGGGCGGGCCGUCGCCGGGCCUCUCUCUUGGACAUGCUUCGGUUUCCGGUGGUUUACGGGCUAACGUGCCGCCAGUGAUUGGCGGUGUUCUUCUACCUAACGCAAACCACAGCCCGAGUCCCUUCUUUAACAAUAUCCGCCAAAAUCAAGACCUAGUCGACGGUGUCGGUCAAAUGGAUGUUGGCAUUCCUCCGGGCCUCGCUCCAGCGAGUCUGCCACAGUGGCUUCGAGAAGCCGCCGCGUCUGGUGACCGUGGAAAGAAGGUCUCAGACCGGUUCCUGCAUAUUGAGCGUGCCGAGCAGGCCCGCAUGCGUGAGGCCUACUCAGUAAUCCAGCCCGCGGAUGCCAAUAAUGAGGCCGACGGCGGGAAAAUUAAAGUGCAGCUAUCUGGUAUUGAGAAAGGAGGAAAGAACAGAUACAAGGACAUCCUGCCUUUUGAACACGCAAGAGUCAAGCUUCUCGGUCGCCAGCAGGGUGCGUGUGAUUACGUCAACGCCAGCUAUCUUCAAUCUACUCGUAGCCAUAAGCGGUACAUUGCUAGCCAGGGGCCGCUGCCGGCGACCUUUGAGGAUUUCUGGUCUGUGGUUUGGGACAAUGAUGUUCGUGUCAUUGUCAUGCUGACGGCCGAAUCGGAAGGGGGCCAGUUGAAAUGCCACCCGUACUGGAAAGGGAACGACUUCGGUCCAAUUAGGCUACGGAGCCUGUCUGAGAAGAGGAUAUCGCUGGAUGUUGACAGGCAGAGAUCCCCGCCUGCCACGGCAACGGGUGAUGGGAUGACGAGUUCACCACAUUCCUCUUCACCGGACCCGGCCCUCCCCGAGGUGGCUCGGAGGCGGGCGAACACGGCGACUACUCUCGGCUCUGUGCCGCAGGAGGCCCAGAACCAGUUCAUGUUCCCCUCACAAACGGCGGCUGCCCCCGAGACACCCUACGUUAUCGUCAGGAAGUUUGCCCUGAGCCAUGCGGCCCACCCGUUCUCGCCCAUUCGUGAAAUUACCCAGCUCCAUUACCCGUCAUGGCCUGAUUUCGGCGCCCCGGCUCAGCCCAGCCAUCUCCUCGCACUUGUUGAACUCUCGAACGCCAUGCAGCGCUCGGCACUUCCGCUAGACGUCUCGGUUACCCUCUCUUCGGCUUCCGUAUCACGUAGAAACAGCGAUCAUCCCGGAGUUUCUGCAGGCAACCAUGUCUUGGCAACAUCCGACUCGAGAACCCCCGAUGGUGGGAACACAAGCCCAAGCCCAGGCUGGCACCAAAGCCCCGAAGCACAGGAGAGCGUGCGGCCCAUGCUCGUACACUGUUCUGCCGGGUGUGGCCGCACCGGCGCGUUCUGUACCGUCGAUAGUGUUAUCGACAUGCUCAAGCGCCAGAGGCAGCACAUGCUGCGCCAGGGGCCCGUAACCAACACGAAUAAGGCCGCGCCCCGCGAUUGUGAUGGCGAUGUUAUUAUGAAUGGGGACAAGGCAGCCGCGUCUGAUCAGCUCGACAUUGACGUGAGCUGGUUGGACAACGACAACAUGGACUUGAUUGCGCAGACCGUCGAAGACUUCCGCAGGCAGCGGCUGAGCACGGUCCAAAGCCUGCGGCAGUUUGUGCUCUGCUACGAGACAGUGUUGGAGUGGAUCCGACGACUACAAGACAACGGUGGCGGCAUUCUCGGCGCACACGGGAGGAGCAACGGGAAUCUACCGCUUGGGCUAUAG